CCCAUCUUUCCAUCCGCCAACGCUCAGUCCACGCUAUCAAAUGGCACUUCCCAACCUCCGCACUAUCUUCGCAUCCGCCCGCAGCUCGGAGGAGGAGCGACAGCUGUCCCGAGCGACGUUCUACAAGUUCUCGGCAUUUGUCGCCAGUGUACUGGUGAUCUCGUUGAUUGCAUCCCGUAACGCGAAAGAUCUCGUGCCGAAAGCUGCGAAGGCGGUUGCGGGUCGAUGAGCCGCUGGCGCGCGGCGCCUCAAACCGUUCGCCGAGAAUGAGCACACCCCCUCACCGCAGCACGCACAGCCAGUGUACACCCCCAUCUCUACCUCUGUAUUAGCAUAGUAUCUGUACCGCAUGCAUACCCUCCACAGAUGUCGGCGGC